CAACUGACCAGCUCGUCGUCUCACGUCAUCUCGACCGUGACCUUCCGGGAUGCUGCCUCGAUCUCUGAGACUUGCCCUGGCUCAUCCUCGUCUGCAGUGCCCUUUUGCGUGCAAUCUCGUCGGGUACCAAGCCCGUGGUGAACGGCCAUCGACCUCGAUCUCGAGAUGGUACAGUGACCACCCAAAAGUUCAAUCUCCGGCCCUGGAAGCCUUAGGAUCUGAAGAGAAUCACAUCAUCGCUCCUAAACCGAACAAGUUGCCUAGCUCCAUCAAGAAACUGAACAAACAACUAGCUACCCGUCAAAGCCCGGAUCUACCUGAAGAAGAACUCGAAGAGCGGUUUGUUAGAGGAAGCGGGCCGGGAGGGCAAUCGAUCAACAAGACUUCAAAUGCCGUUUCCCUGAUACAUAUUCCUACGGGGAUCAGGAUCCAAUGUCAAGAGACCCGUUCACUCCAGCAUAAUCGCCGGCUGGCCCGUCAGAUAUUACGAGAUAAGGUCGAACAACAUCUGUCCCCGGGCAAUUCGAAGCAGGACAUCAAGUGGGAAAAGGAACGGAGGAGAAAGUUGAACAGGGCCAAGAAGAACAAGCGGAAGAGCAAAAAUGAGGUCGGAGGAGGGGCCGGCGACGCCGAGGCUGAUGGUGAAGGAACGGAAGAGGUCGAGGUUGAGGCGAAUGAAGUGGACAGACAAGGGAAAAGGUCAUGAAGAUGCGA